AUGAAGAGGCAGGGCUCUCUGUGGAAGAUGAGCGGCGACACCACACUGAAGCAGCUGGGGGAAGGCAGGUUUGGCAGCGUGCUCCUGGGAAAGAGCAAUGACACUGGGGAGCUGGUGGCUAUAAAGAGGAGUAUGAAGCUGAAACAUGCCAAUGUGGUGAAACGAUUGGAAGUCUUCAGAGAAAACAAAUACCUCAACCAGCUCAUGACAGAAAGGUACAGAGCCCCAGAGGUCCUGCUGCAGCCAACAUCCGACAGCUCACCCAUUGACAUCUGGGCCGUGGGAUGCAUCAUGGCGGAGCGCUACACACUCAGACCCCUGUUCCCUGGCAAAAGCGAGUUGGACCAGAUCUUAAAGAUCUGCAAGUGGUUGGGAACACUGAACAAGCCUCAGAUCCCCAACGCCAGCAACGAGGCAAUCACACUGAUGGAAACAAUGCUGCAGUGGGACCCUGUGAAAGUGCUGCUCAGUAUCCAUACUUCACUGUCGGCCAGGCGGAGGUAGACACAAAGGUUCGGUUCCUAGAAUCCAUGAAGCCAAACACAAAACCAGAUGUGUCCCGGCAUGCUGACCAGCAGGAACCUCUCGGCUUGGAGAAGAACUACUGGCAGGCUCAAACCGAGUACAGCAUGACAGGAGAGAGGACAGGACGUAGUCAAUGGGGACAGACGUCUUUCAGGUCUGUCGAUGGUGAUAACGCUGACUCCGGAGUCUACAUUUCCAAUAAAAACAUCAGCUCUGUGGAAGGAAAUUUAAAAAGUGGUCUAAACCCAGUGAAAGAAGAUAAAAGACCAACAGACAAGAAUCCUAAUCAGAUCUGGACAAAUUGUUCGGGUAUGAGCCGUUUCUUCUUUUCACACAUACACCCAGAAGGCAUAGACGUCCACAGAUAUCCUGGGGUUUCCUCUAAGUGAUGGUGGAAAGAUUUGAGGACACACUUGAUCACUUUAAUGUGUCGUGCUGAUACAACAAGAAUCAGCACUCCGGAGGACAAGACAUGCAGCUUGCCGUCGCUUUCCAAGACACACACUUUCCUUCCCUCUCAUGAUAAUUUCCCAGAAUACAAAGGGGGGGAAGGAACAGACCUCUGGAUCCCAGCGCUACAGGGAAGAACACUUUUCCAAGGAGCGCAAUCAUCGACCCUGUAACCGGACGAGUAGACUUAACCGCCAAAUACGGAGGUCACAAGUAGCACAGCACUGACUCAUGAGAAAAGUUCCAACUGUGAAGUGUUUCCUGCUCGCCUGUUACAUUUGCCAAGCUAUAAAUAUUGUUCAGUGUUUUACAAGUGUCCCAUAACUUCUACGGUCAGUAUUUUUGGGUGAAUUUAUUGUUUAACAGCAGCUGAUACAUCUACACACACAAAAAGGGUUAUAGUUUUAUAUUACUUUAAAAAAGAAAUACAGAACCAGACUGUUAAUAAGAAGCCACAUCAAGGGGAUGUUUGUGUGCACAGUAUG